CCCCCGGCGGCUGCGGCCCGGCCCGGCGCAGCGCCGCUCCUCGCCCGGCCCGGCCUGCCCCCUCCCUCCCCUCUUCCUCCUCCCCGCCCUUCGGCGGCGGCCGCAGUCUUCAGUAACCCAGAGAAAACCCUACGUGCCCAAAAAGAGCACUAACGCAUUGCAAGCCAACCCGAUGGCGUCCUCUACUGCUGUGCCUGUAGGAUUUCACUAUGAAACAAAAUAUGUAGUUCUCAGCUACUUGGGGCUUUUAUCGCAAGAAAAGCCACAGGAGCAUCCUCCUGCUUCAACUCAAGGGACUCAACAACAGCUUAUGGCACAACAUGCUUCAGAGAAAGAGGCUUUGGAAAAGAUUAAAAUAGAAAUCGAGGAGGAGCUGAAACAUCUUGAUGAAGAGAUCUUGGAAGCUUUUACCACUACAGGAUUUGACUGCCACACUUCCCCAGUGUUCAGUCCUGCCAAUCCAGAAAGCUCAAUAGAAGAUUGCCUGGCUCAUCUGGGGGAGAAAGUUUCCCAGGAAUUGAAAGAACAUCUGCACAAAGCACUAGAGAGCUUGCUUAGCAAGCCAGUAACAUAUCAAGAAUAUCGAGAGCGCACACAAGAGACAGCUGCACAUGCCAGUGGAUGGAACAAGGUCUUGGUACCCCUGGUUCUGCUACAGCAAUUUCUGAUGGAGCUAACCAGAAGAGGCCAGGAACCACUGAGCGCGCUUGUGAACUUCGGGGUGACGUAUCUAGAAGACUAUUCUGCAGACUACAUCAUUCAACAAGGAGGAUGGGGGACGGUCUUUAGUUUGGAAUCUGAAGAGGAAGAGUACCCCGGCCUCAUCGCAGAGGACAGUAAUGAUAUCUACAUCCUGACCAGUGACAACUCAGGACAGGUGAGCCCCCCAGAGUCCCCGACGGUGACCACAUCGUGGCAGUCAGAGAGCCUGCCCGUCUCCCUGUCAGCAAGCCAGAGCUGGCACACAGAGAGCCUGCCCGUCUCCCUGGGGCCGGAGUCCUGGCAGCAAGUGGCCAUGGAUCCUGAAGAAGUCAAGAGCCUGGAUAGCAACGGUGGGGCUGAAGAAAGGAGCGAGAACAACUCUUCCAACUCAGACAUCGUUCACGUGGAGAAGGAAGAGAUACCGGAGGGGAUUGAGGAAGCAGUGGUGUCAGCGGUCGCUGCAGAGACCGUGCAGGCAGCGUUUCCAGAAACCCCUGCUUCUUUACAGGAAGUAAAACCUCAAGCUGAAAUUGUUGCUGUAGAAAAAGCACAUCCCUCUGCACGUCGUACGAAACAGGAGGAGAAGGGAAAAGUGGCCGAAGAGCUUGUUGAACCUGAAAUCCCCGUGUUAAGUAAACCUGUCCCAAAGUUAACCCCGUCGGAAGAAAAGGCCGCACCAGAACCUGAGAAAAUACUGCUUCCGGGGGAAAAAAAAGUGGGGAAGGAGGGCCCUUUGGAAGAAGUAGAAGAGAAAUCCUCCGCCGCAGAGGAGAAGCCUAUCUUAUUGCCAGAAGGGAAAUCCAUAUUGCUGUACGGCGGGGCUGCUGCAGUAGCCAUAUUGGCUGUGGCAGUCGGAGUAGCGCUGGCGCUUAGGAAAAAGUAACCGAGCUCUCUUGAGGAGGAGGAGGGAGCGAGAGAGAGAAGCGAGCGCGAUCCAAUUGUUGUAGUUGUGUUACCUAAAGGUUGAGCUGCCUGCUGUGUAAUUGGACAUUGAGUAAUGGUGAUGGGGUGAGGUCAUUCAAUAAGCCUCCAGCUAUGGACAAUCACGUUUUUAGUAGAAUUGGGGCGGGGACUGGUUUUUCCUGAUUAAAGUACAGGGGUAUUUUUAAAAAAAAACGAACACACAAAUAAUAAUAAAUUCUGCAAAUGUAAGAACUUAAGUGCAGGUGCUGAAGAAAGGGGUGCUCGUACUCGAGGAACUGGAACAGAGAAUCCCAGGGGAAGGGUAGAGCCAGCUGCUGCCAACCCCGGGAGUUUUUGGCUUCUCCGAGCGACUGCUGCUGCAGCUGUGCUGUCCUGUCACUUCCCUGCGCGUCCCGAGCCCUUCCUAGCCCAAGUCCUGCAGCGAGAGGCUGGUCUCCUUCUGGCUCAGCUUCCUCUCAGGUACUGCACUGCUCCUUGUAACCUCGCAGGUUCCUCCUAAGCCCCAGCGGGAGAGUGCUUAUUCUUACCUCUUUGCUCCCACCCGUUCCGGCCCUUAACAGUUACCGAAGCCCCCAUACAGAUGCUGCCUCUCUGUAGAGGUACUCGCUCCGAGCACCCCCUGUUCUGGGGGGAGAGGUGCACGUCAGGCGGAGUGGGAGGGCUGCUGUGCUUGGCUGGUCUGGGAAUCCAUUUGUCAUGCUCCUGCUGCCUGCCACCCUUCAGAUAGCGGAGAUGCACAGCUUACGCCGGACACGGUGCCAUCGGGUAAGCGCUUGGAUACCAAGGUGUAUUCAGCAAAGGUGUGGCAACACCGUGUGAAAGGGAGGCCGAUGCCUCCCGUGAGAUUCGCAGGUUCAACGCUCUCUUGUCCUGUAUCAUGCUGCAGUCUGUAUUGUCUUUCACAGGUUCAGCGCAGGGGGUAUGUAGUCCUACUGUGGUCUUGGCUGCGACAGAAUCCCACAUAUACAAAGCAGUGGAUUCUGGUAACUAAGCGAAACAGCAUUAAACACCUUUCUCUGUUUGCCUGUUCCCGAGCUGACCCAGAGGGUCGUGCCGUGCAACUUCUUUUGUGACUCUGAAUGCGUUAACAGUCAGACGACAUCUGCGGGUUCACAAAUGAUGAGAACGUAGCUUUGGAAAAAACAAACCCCUCUUCCUGCAGGCACAACGCUUCAGGUGCAUGCAGGGAGAAGCCUUUAAGGCACUGCGGUCACAGCAGAGCCGGCCACAAGCGUUCCUUUUGGAGAGUGUGUUUGUGUCCGGCCUGCUGUGUACUGCAGCUCUGUGGGCAAGGCUGCAGAUUGUCCAGGCAAAAGUACUGAUGCUUCUCUGAGGGUCGAUGCUGGCUCGUGCUGUGGCUUAGAACAGGUGGAGAUAGGGGAACGGGGACUCGGGAUAAUGGAAAAAUCAAAAUGUGAGCUUACGGUAAGCUUACUCUUCGCAAAGCACAAUGACAAGGUACUUUAUCUCUAAGCAACCUUAUCUAGAGUAUUUCCUGUAAUGAGCCUGUUUCUUAAGCGAUCUGAUAAUCCAGAGAUUUUAGCACAUUCUGUUUCAGCUUACUGUUGCUCCCAUCCCUAUCCCACUCACGCUGCUAAGUCAGUAAGAAGCUGGCAGAGUCUGGGGAAUUUUUUGUUCAAGCUUUUUUGAGAAUGGAUUGUGUAGAAAACUUCUCAGGUUUGGAUCUGUGUGACUUUGAAUGCUGAAAGGGAGGACUGCUACGUGUGUAUCCCUGCUGGGAGGGAGCCCCAGCUCACGAGCUCUGGAUCAGCACUGCGUGGGUCAGAGAUGGCUUUUCUGUGUAUAAGAGGGAGCAGGUUGGCCUUAAAGUUAAAACAAAACAAAAAGCAACAACAACAACAAAGAACCCAAACAUACACUGUGUUGCAAAAGGAAAUUGACUUUGUAUGCUCCUUUUGACACAUAAGAACGUGUACGGUUUUGCUUCAUUUCACACCCAGCAGUGUUGAUGGACAAGCGACGUGAUCUGCGAGGGCAGCUGCUUGUUGCCUUGUGGCAGGGGCUGCUUUGUGGUCCCACAGGCCGGGCUGGGGCUCCCCUCCGCUGCUGCUUUGCUGAUGGUGGUUGUGUCCCUGCCGUUCGCUGUGGGCAUGGGGCUGCUUUAACCCCAGCUGCAUCCUCUCCUUUCUGAAGGCGAGGCACUGACAUGGGGGCGAAGAUGCCCCCAUCUGCAGCUGCUCAGUGGGUUGCACAGAAGUCCCCGGAUCCACUCUGAAACAGAGACGGAUAUUUUGGACACGCUGGGUAGCUUGUGUGCAAAUGAGGGGGUAAAGUCAUUCUUUGGCUCUUCUCUUUAAGUGCUUAUAUUGCUUAGUAGUGCAGGAGGUGGGUGCAGGGCAGAUGACAAUACAUCUACCAGGGAAACAUCCCUUACUGACACAAAGAGCCCGAUGGGGCAUUAAGCAAGCAGUGUCUUCUUCCUGACAUAGCAGCAGCAGUAAGGAAGACAAAUGCUUUGGGGAUUUUUUUUAAAGCAUUUUCAUGGUGGGGUGAAAGGCCCAAGUAUGGGGUAUUCUGCAGCACUUAGUGGAGUGCCAGCUGCAUUUUGGUUGCUUGGCUCCUUCUUUACAUACUUCCCAUCUUUAGGGCCUUAGAGAAAUAGCUGACCAUUCAAAAAGGAUUUGUACCUUCUUCUCCCCCAUCCCUAAAACCAUGCGUUUAGACAAGAAGUCUGUUGUGUGUUCCCUCUCCCUCUAGGAACACUCCAUUAGCUGGAAAGGUCGGUUACGGACUUGAAUUCUGAGCCUGUUGUGCUGUGGUCAGCGCUGCAGCAGGCCCCAGGGAAGUCACCAGAAGGCCUUGUAAGCUCAGCAACAGUGUUCUUAAUGGGUGCCGGGCUCCUUUGCCCUAUUGCAGGUGUGAAUUAGGGAAUGGAGGGGCUUUCUCCUAUCUUCAAGCACACUGAAGUAAUCCUUAACAGCCUGGUCUGAUUACCCUGGACUGGGGUGAGGCAGCCUCUGUUUAGUGGAUCUCUUGCAGCUGGCAAAGGAAAGGCAAUGGGCUAUCUACUUAUAAAAAAGCAUCUAGAAUUACGCUCACUUGUGUUACUUAAUCCCUUCCCAAAAGUGCCUCAAUAUGUCCUUGAGUGGCCUGUACCUUAACAAAGUAUCUACCUUAGACCCAUCUGUUCUUCACUUUUUCCUUGUCUGCGGCACAUCCUCGAGGUGAUAAAACAAAGGGCUGGACCUGCAAAACGUGUGAAAUGCUGCACUCUGCAUGCCUCUGUGCACAGCUGAGAGACCUGGCUUGGAAGGCACAGCCUGAGCUAAACACAUAGGGAACUACAGGGGGGUAGCAUACUAAAUAAGGAGCUGUCAGGAAAAUGGCUUUCGAGAUGAGGUGAAGCUUAAAUUUCAGUUGUGCUUAACUCUAGGCUCUGCUCACCUGGGCACUGGGGCUGGGAACUGGGUAAGGUUUUUUUUCAGAAAACAAACCUGGAACAAGGACUGAAGCCUCAAGUCCCGCUUUUGCAUGAAGCCCAAGCCAUGGGCCCAGAGCCACAUAUGUACCCUACUGUUGCAGCCAUGUGCUGCGUGAGAGCAUGAUGAGCGGGUCCAGGCUGCUGGGCCAUAGCUUGAUACAACCCUGCCAGCUGCUCGGCUCAAUCGAAACCAGAAGAGGGUGAGUGGGGUUCUCAAGGAGAUAACUUGGCUGCCCAGAAUACUGAAGACAGCCGGUGCCUAAAAUACUAGGUCUGUCCUCAUGAUGGAACAAGCCAGAGGUGGGAAAGCAACCCAGGCCGCAGGCUUCUGACUGGUCAGAUGUCAGUCCUUAAGCAUCUGCCCACUCCAGGGGCUCACCAGUCUGAGCAGCAGCUCCCAGCAGCGCCAGCUGAUGCACUGGAAGCGUGCUCUCUUCUGUAUUGCACCAGGGUUUGGACAGCGGCUUAACUUCAGGAUGCUGCGGUGCUGGCAGCUGGCUCUUCCUUUCCUAACCUGCCUGCCCUGCCAUCCUGGCUGGGGCUGUGCUCUGAGGGUGAAAGCUGUAGCGCUGAGUGCUUCUGCACAGGGCAAGGUCUGCUGCCAGAAUCCUGCUUCCUUUUCACGUAGCUCUGAGCACAGCUAGGCUGACAAUUUGGAUUGUAUUUUUGAAUUAACCGAUGCUUUCUAACGGUCACAACUGGAAAAGAAAAAAGUGCUGAAGUUAGGUUGAAAAAGUUUAGUCUUUCCUUUCAUGGUAAUGACUGUAGUAAACCAAAAUAACUGAGGUCAUAAAGCCUUCCUUACAUUGAGCCCCCAGGGGUAUGGCAGUCCUAGCAAAGCCCUGCUAAGGCAGAUGUUACUAUCAGGCAGAAAUAAACAUGCUUCUGGCAGCACAGUCAUUCCCUCACUGAACCAGAACAAGCUCAUGCUUUAAAAUUUGUAUCUAAGAAUGUAAUUCCUAGAUUGUUUUGCCGUGAAUGUUUGGGAGGAGGGGAGGAGUGAGCACCCACCCCACCCACCAUGGGUACAUAUAGCCCAGGUCUUCCAUAGAAUGUCUCAUUUUAGGCACAAAACGUACUGGAAGCUGACUUGUCGUGUAUGUUUUCUACUCCAGUAGGUUACAGGCAGGAGAACGUGUUUCCCAGUGAAGCACAGAGCAGUGAGGCGCGUUACUGCCUGCACCUACUGAAGGGAGAAGCUGUGCAUGGCUCGUUUGGCUCAGUCUACUUCAGUUCUAGGAGGCUACAAGAGCAGCAGUGCUUUGACUGUGUGCAUCUGUGCUGUGCUUCAAAGUGCAAGCUAUGUAUUGCCAUAAAAAAAAAAAAAACCCAACAAACAAACAGCGUGGGAGGGGGUCACAUGUAAUCCACCAGCAGUCACUCUGGUACCCCUAGCUCAGGGCCCUGUGGAGCAGGGCGUACAGUGCUUGCUUUAUGCAAAGGCUCUGGGUCUGCGGCUCCACACGGUCACGGCUGGAGAGCAAGAGCUGCACCAGCUCGGAAAGGGGCAGCUGUAGUGUUACCAAUACAGCCAGGGGAACCAGAACACAUCGCUCAGCUUCACUUCCUGUGUGACUUGGUCACUUUUUUCUACUUUGAGCUGACCCUCUUUCAGUCUCUUAGGUAGGCCGUCUUGCUUCCUCCUGGGUUGAAGUCUAUGGGUAUGCUGUAGGAGAGGGGGAGCUGCAGUUAGCUUCCAGUGGAAGCCGCUUUUGAUCUCCCUGCAGUAUCUGCAGGGGAGGCAAGGAACACUAUUGAGUUGGACAGAACAAGCUGCAGAGGAUGCAUCUUAUUGCUAUACCUUUAGGGGGUCUCUCCCCAUUUUUAUCUUGCGUUAUAAGCUUUUAUUCAAGUGUAAAGCUAAAACCCACUUGAGUUAAGUAGCAAAGUCUAAUGGGACAGACUCCGUGUGCGUGUCGGGGGAGGUCUUCCACCAGGCUUCUGCCGGCUGGCAGCAGGGAGUGCAGGUCCUGUUCCCGAGAGACCGGCCUGGGGGAAGAGACCCUGCCUGGGCUGAGGGCACCCCCUGCCCCAGGAACUGGUCGUACUAUUCCUUUUAAUAUGCAAGUGCAGCCCUCUUGGGGAAAGCUAUCUAAAGCUUCUUGUGCCAUUCGGUUGAUAAAAGUGUUUCCACCUUUAAAAGAAAGUUCUUUCCGGCUUCAUUGUUCUAGAAUCGGUUUAAGUGAAGGGGUAUGUACAUUUUUCCCUCUACCAAUGGGACACUGCUGUAAGACCAUGCCCCCAGGUUGCACUUUAAUAAAUGGUACAGUUUUCAAAAACACA